GCUAAUGACACUAAAUAUGGAUUGGCUGCUGGAAUAUUAACUAAAAAUAUGGAUACUGCCAUGAAGUAUAUGGACAAUAUUAAUGCUGGUUCAGUUUGGAUUAACAGUUACCUUGUCUAUUCAGCACAAAUCACAUUUGGAGGAUUUAAUCAAUCUGGACUUGGCAGAGAAUUAGGAGAAGAUGGUUUAAAAGAGUACUUGGAAAUCAAAACUGUCUCAAUCAGACAAUAAGCUUCAUACAAUAUAACAAGCAAAUACAAAAUAUAUAUACGUCAAUAUGUAAUUUAAAUAUUCCUUAAUUUUAUUAUUAAAAACAAAUCUUUGAA